AUGUAUGACUAUGGAGCUAUCAUCUUCUUAGGAAUUGAUAACUUACGAUCCAUUUUCCUUGAUAGUGACAACUGUACAAAUUAUGAUAUUAAAGUUGUUCAGAAGAACAAGUUCAAUGAUACAAAUGAGUUAUCGAAGAACCUUUUAAGUGGGAAUGAGUGUUAUGAUAUUAAAGUUGUUCAGAAGAACAAGUUCAAUGAUACAAAUGAGUUAUCGAAGAACCUUUUAAGUGGGAAUGAGUGUUAUGAUAUUAAAGUUGUUCAGAAGAACAAGUUCAAUGAUACAAAUGAGUUAUCGAAGAACCUUUUAAGUGGGAAUGAGUGUUAUGAUAUUAAAGUUGUUCAGAAGAACAAGUUCAAUGAUACAAAUGAGUUAUCGAAGAACCUUUUAAGUGGGAAUGAGUGUUAUGAUAUUAAAGUUGUUCAGAAGAACAAGUUCAAUGAUACAAAUGAGUUAUCGAAGAACCUUUUAAGUGGGAAUGAGUGGUAUUGUCAGCAAGCCUUUCAGGCUCUAAACCAGGCUGCAAGUAGAUCUUCUUCUUCCUAA